UCUUGUGCAGCAGCAUCACUUGUGACUCUGAGAUUACAGCAGCUGCUCGUGCUUUGUUUUGUGAUUUUUUGUUUUUUGCACUAGCUCAGGGGGAGCCUCUCUCCUCUCCGCUGGGGGGCGCUGCUGUUGCCAAAGUUUUCUUUGUAGGCACUGGGGAGCUUGGACUGUCGGACUGGGACCUGUGUACGCAAGGCUAGCAUUCCCCGGAGCAGAUCCGUCUAGUGCUCUGGCCCCUGCUGCUAGAAGAGUUUCAAUUGCUGCUCUCCAGGCCCUCUGUCAGCUGAGCGGAUGGGGGGGUAUCUGAGGCUGUGAGGUGGCAUGACCUAGGCCCUGUCACCUUCUCCUUUUGACCUGUGUGAUAUCUAGGCCUCUGGCUGUAGAAUGGCUGCUUCUUUCCGCUAUGGAGUGACCAUCACUGGAGCUAUCCUGCUGGUGACAGGAACACUUUGUUUUGCCUGGUGGAGCGAUGGAGAGGUGGGACCCACGUCUAAUAACGAUGCUAUGGCUGUGCCUCAUGGAGAAGCCAAAGUGGUGCCGAACUCCUCCUCCUCUAAUGCACUGCUCAGGUCUGUCAGCUUCUUCUGCUGUGGCAUCGGUGGCAUCCUCCUCCUCUUUGGGCUUCUGUGGUCGGUGAAAGCAAACGCUCGGGGGAUGUCUCGACACUAUCAGUACCACUUCUCUAGAGACCUACACUACUUCACCGUGGAACCUCUUGAUAAAAGGACAUGCAGUGCCUGGGAUGCCAAUGCUAUCCCCACCUAUGAAGAAGCCCUGAACUGCAGGCCUGCUCAAAGUACCCUCGGUUAUAUACCACCUCAUGGUGGGAAGGAGGAGACUACACCCCCUCAGUAUGGAGACUUAGAUGAGGAUGAUACGUGGCCAGGUUGCCGCAGACGCAGCUCCUCAGACAGUGUACUGCUCAGGACCAUGCCAUCCAGGAGGGAAACAGAGUCACAGGGUGAGCCCAGCGCUACACCACCGCCCAGCUACGAAGACCUCAGUGUACAUGGCGUGUGAUCUAUGAACCACAUACAAUGCGUUGGACUCUAUAGAUUGCUGCCUCGUCUGUUUGCUUUGGAGCCUGUCCUUUCCUUCUCUAAAGUAAUGAUCAUGAAGUGAGAGGGGAAACAUAAAUCAGCUAUUCAGAUCAAAAUGGCUUUUCUGUCUUUUCUAGGAGUAAAUCCAGAAUAAUUACAGUAAAUCCAGAUAAUCUCAAUGCUGCCAUUUUCUGAGUUGUGUGGAUAAUCAGAAUGUUUUCAAGCUUUCAUAUUUUUAAUACAAUUUCUGAUGAUUGCAAAUAUUUGACAGGUAGCAGGACAGAGAAGAAAAUAUUUUUGAGAAUCUAGGAUGCCUGUUGAAAUGCAUGGGGAAAUCUUUACAAGAGAGAUCCAGCCAAGACUAGCAUCUUAAGGUAACAUUUUUAUAAAAGCCUGGUAACUUAGGUGCCUAAGUGCCAUCUUAAGAAAUGAUUUAGUCACUAAGCAGGCUAAGCUGCCUUGCCACUCAGUGACACCAGCUAAGAUUUUCAGUGGUGAUUUUUGGGUGUCCAGCAUAAGAUCCUUUAAAGGGGUUUGAUUUUCAGACGGUGCUGAGCAACUCGCCUCUGAAAAACAGGCUCUUAAGGAGCCUCAAGUUGAGCACCACAAACUUGAGACAUCCCAAAUCACCAGUUUCUUUUGAAAAGCUUGGCCUUGGCUCCUAGGUGCUGAAUGUACUUUUGACAACAUUUCCCUAAGUCAUUCGGCUCCGAGGUUGUUCUAGUAGAUAAGAACGCUGGGACUUAAGCUUUACCCAACCAUUGGUCAUGAGCUGAAGUGCUCAGCACCUCUGAAAAUCCAGCCAGUAUAGUGUGUAUAUAUAUGGCAAAAAUGUGCUUACUUCAAUAGAUUGUUCGCCCAGGAGGAAAAAAAACCCAGCUUCCCUGUUCUGCGAGCAAUGCAAGACAAACUCUCCCAAAUAACGUCUUGUGGGGAAUCCUUGAUACUAAUUAGCUCAUGAGUCGAGGGCAGAGCUUUAUAAUCUGAGUGGCUUGUAUUCAGCCUGCUGUCCCGCAAAGUCAAUCCCUUUGCUGCUGUCUCAUGGAAAACCCAUGAGCUCCAGAAGCAGCUGUGGGGCACACUUCUGGCAAUUGCAGGAGAAUAGGGGAGAGGUAGUGUUGUCACUUUUAUGGAUGGCAAUGAUGACUAGCCAGUGUACUUUAUGACUGUCAUUCGCCAUACACACGGACACAAAUAUAGGAAGUGCAGAGUUCUCGCUGUCGUGGGAAAUCACACAUAAGGCAGUGGGAGAAAGCAAGCCUAUAAAAUCACCAUGGUGACACAUAUCAAAGCAUUAAUGGGCGGGAAGCAAUCAAGCAGCUUCAGGGAAUCAAAAUGUAUGACCAUUUUAGAGUGAGACUAAGCUAGAUCCUCAGACAGUGUAAAUUCACAGAGUGCCAUGGCCACAGAGGAACUACGCGGAUUACACCAGCUAAGAAUCUGUCCCCAAGCCUUUGGAGCAUUGCCUCUUUAGUGGAAAGUCUGCCACUGAGUCCACAGGAGUGAACCUCUCCCCAGAGCUUACAGUAAAUGCUUCACAUUCAGACUGGAAUUGUGUAAAAGAAUUUGUAGUUGCAAAAUUAAAGUCUCCUGUCAAAAUUGUUGCAAAGUUUUAGGCAUUCCCUGUGUGUGGGAAUUGCCAGGAUCCUGAUGGAACCUUUAUGAUUCUGUGUGCGUAUGCCGAUAUAGACUCUCUAGAGACAUGAGGCGAUGAAAAAGAGUAGUGUGUAGUCAUUGCUUUUGUGUGUGUGCUGGGGUUGUGGGGUCUCUAUUUUCUAGUUGAUUUAUU